UUUUUUUUUUUCUCCCACGACUUCAAACCACUAAAAAACUUCAAAAUUUUACGACGAUUGUCGUGUUUUGGGUGCUCUUCAGUUUUGAAUAGUCUGAUCCAUCUCUCUCUCUAGACCACUAAAACAUCAGCGCCCGGCUUGGGGUUUUUUUUUGAGCCACCUUUUUGCUUAUCGGUUUUGAUUCCAAGUUGCGAUUGAAGGAAUUCUGAGCUUUGGGUUAUUAGGUUCCGGUUGGAAAUCGUGGAGGGUUGUUUAAAAGUUCAAACCUUUACUGGUUAUGAUUGCUGUUUUCUUCUGUUUGAUAAAAAAAGAAAGAAAAAAACUUGGGUUUUUAGUAUUGAUUGAGAAUUGAUGAAAAAGGGUUGGGAGGAGAAAGAGAAAAAGCAGAGAAAUUUGGAUAUGGAAAAAGGAGGAAGAAUAAGGAGUAAAGGGGAAAAAGAGGAAUCAAGGGACUCCUUUAGUAUAUUAGCAGUGGUUUCAACUUUUAUUGUGUUUGUAGUUGGAGUGGUGAUUGGGUUGGCUUCAAGCACACACAUUAACAGAUACCUCAGCUUCCAAAUCCAACAGUCCAGCAACACUAUUUUGCUUGGCACCUCAGGAAUGGGGUGUGAUUGUAAGGAUUGUUUGAGUUUGGAGAGUUUUGUGAGGCCAAGCAAUUUGAUUCAUGGUAUGCAAGAUGAGGAGUUGUUCUGGAGGGCAUCUUUGGUGCCUGAAAAGAAAGAGUUCCCAUUUCAGAGAGUGCCCAAAGUGGCCUUCAUGUUCUUGACUAGAGGCCCAUUGCCUUUGAUGCCAUUGUGGGAGAGGUUCUUUGAGUGGCAGAACAAGAACAAGUACUCGAUUUAUGUUCACACGCCUCCCGGAUAUGAGCUCACAGCUGCCAAUACCUCUGUUUUCUACAGGCGCCAGAUCAAGAGUCAGAAAGUUGAGUGGGGAUCAGUAUCACUGGUUGAUGCAGAGAAGCGGCUUCUGGCCAACGCCCUUCUUGACUUUUCAAACGAACGAUUUGUUCUUCUGUCUGAGAGCUGUAUCCCGGUUUAUGAUUUUCCAACUGUCUACAAAUACCUCACUGAAUCAGAUCAUAGCUUUGUUGAGUCAUAUGAUGAUCCAUCUCGCUAUGGGCGUGGGCGCUAUAGUCGCCGCAUGUAUCCUGACAUCAGACUUCCAGAUUGGAGAAAAGGGUCUCAAUGGUUCGAGAUGGACCGCGCCUUAGCUAUCAUAGUCGUUUCAGACACCAAAUACUAUGACCUUUUCAAGAAGUAUUGCCAUCCUUCUUGCUACCCAGAUGAGCAUUACAUCCCAACAUAUCUGCACAUGUUCAACGGGCCUAUGAACGCAAAUCGUUCUGUGACUUACGUGGACUGGUCGCUAGGGGGUCCUCACCCAGCAACUUAUACAGCAGUCAACAUUACCGAAGGCUUCCUGGAAAGCAUAAGGAAUAAUGGUACAUCAUGUUCUUAUAACUCUGAGGAAACAGAAACUUGUUUCCUAUUUGCUAGAAAGUUUGCUCCAAGUGCUCUGGAACCCUUGCAAAACCUGUCCUCCAAAGUGAUGGGAUUUUGAAGUUUUGCUGCAUAGAGAAUGGUCUAUUUUUUCUCCACUUUGAUUGUAAUAUUCUUGAGUAUGAUGCCAGAGGUUUUGGCGCUUCUACCAUUUAGGUUAUUCAGUUUCAUUGUUUUAUUAGAGCAGUGUAUAGUAUAUAGAACAUGAAGAGGAAUUGGUCCAAAAUUUUAUGACCAUCUAAUAUUAAUUUUAGGACAUUGGUUUCCUAGCACAAAUGA